GCAACAGUUUUGAUUGGUCAACCAAAUACACUUCAUCAUGGAGUACGUCGGGGCUGCAGAGAGUGAAAGCAAUGACAAUUGUUGUAACAUUGCACCUUGCUCUGAGCUAGUGUCAAAUACAAAUUCCAAUGAAGCUCCAUCUACAGAAACAGAAAAUUCACUGCCAAAAUGUGAAAUCCUAGAGACACAGCCAAAAGAUAAUAAUGAAACCAUUUCACAGGAUCCCCCCCAAGAAAAUAUAGAUUUUAAAGUGGUUUAUAAUAAACAGCGGAUUAAUGUGAAUUUCCCACUUGAUGGCACUGUUGCACAAUUGAAGGCACAUCUUCAAAACAUCAUAUCAGUGCCACAAGCCAUGCAGAAAGUUAUGAUCAAAGGAUUAGCCAAAGAUUAUGAAACAUUGAGAAGUCUGGGUGUUACAAAAGGUGCCAAAGUCAUGGUAGUAGGGUCAAAGUUAGAUGACGUGUUGGCUGUGUCAAUUCCAACAAAGCAAGAUCUCUCAGAUGAAGCUGCAUCUACUACAAGCAAAGAACCCUUGUCCCAACAAAAAAUGCAUAGGAAAGUUUUAGAUAAAGGUAUUCCAGAAGAUGUAAUGCCUGGUAUAUUAGAUAGCAAGGAGCCUCUACCAGAAUUUCCAUUGGCUGGCAUGUUAAAUAAAUCUGGUGGCAAAGUUAGAUUAACAUUCAAAUUGGAACAAGAUCAGCUUUGGAUUGGUACAAAAGAAAGAACGGACAAAAUACCUAUGAAUUCUAUAAAGGGUGUACACAGUGAACCUAUACAUGACCAUCCAGAAUAUCAUAUUAUGGCCAUUCAAUUAGGCACAACAGAGGCUUCAAGAUAUUGGAUAUAUUGGGUUCCUGCACAAUACAUAUCGGCUAUAAAAGAUGCUAUUCUUGGCAAGUGGUGCUACUUCUGAUUGAUCAUUGAUGGAAAUUUCUAUCUUUUUGAAUGCAAAGUGUAAUCAGGUGUAAGCAUUGAUACAAACACGAUUGUGCUAGUCACACAUUUU